AUGUGUUAUUUCAAUCCCUCAGAAACAAACCACGCGGAGCUGGUGAAGAACCGUCCCUGUACAGAAGUCAAGAAGAAGAAGAAGUGGAUGUCUGAGGAGCCAAGAAAUUCACCCAAUACAGUAACAGGCAAAGGAAUUCACACUUCAGACCCCAAAGUAAAACCAAGUUACCAACAAAGGGGUCAAAGUCAGGGUGAUCAAACUGCUGCUUCUCUUCCUUACGUCAGAGAAGCUGGAAGAAAGACUGACUUCAAUUCUUCAGAACCUCGAAGAUCAGCAUAUGUCGUCUACCGUACUGUCACCGUCAACCAAGAACCAAAGUUCAAUGGAUCUACAGCAGCACCUGAGCCAUAUGGCCAGAAAUGCUCCAAACAAAAGAAUCAGCUUGACACAAACAGAAGAUUUUGGACCCAAACCGAAAACUAUGACAAAUAUACUUCAGGAUCUUACAAUGCACCGACUUGGAGGAAACGAAAUCCACGUGCAAAAACGUUCUCUAAAACAACCGUUCAGCAGAGCCAGGAAGACAUGGAAGUGAACAGAAAGGGAGAACGAUAUGUAGACAGGAGAAAGAGAUGAAGCCAGUACUUCACCUGACAAGAAAAAUCUAAAUUCAAAUAAGGAAAUUAUCAACUGGAGAUCCAAAGAUGAUAAGAUUGCAAAUUCCAAAAAUAACAUGUAGGAAGUACACUGUAAAGUUUCAAAACUGACAAAAAUGGAAAUCUCUGUUUAAAAAUAGUGUUUGUAUUUUCAUAAACGUAGAAGAAAUGUACCUAAUAAAAAUAACGAUGUCUUCUAUUUUAUGUACAGUAUUUCCCUUGCUUGUAACAGGACUGUAAUUAGUUCAA